AUGAUCUCCCCUGGCAUUCCUCCAUCCCAUCUCCUUCUCACCUGGACUCACUUGGACUCACUCUCUCUACUCUAUUCCAUGGCUCACGGAGGUGUUCACUGUCCAGGAGAGUUGGACGUACUCUACGCAAACAACAGAUCAGAGACUACGAUCUGUUAUCCCUCCCCCUCCCCCGCCAAGCGUGUCUCUUCAUACUACCCCAAGUUUGGUCCCAAGGUCGUAGAAGACUCCAACCUCGAUCCUUUUUAUCUUGAGUCUUCAUUGGCGGCGACGCCAGAGUGGAAUUCAUACUCGGAAAUGCGCGAUGAUCAAUUCGACCACGACAGCCACUACUAUUCUUUGUCCUUGACCAAGGACCUCCACAACUCGUUUCAAUACGGCCCAGACCGAUCUACUCUGGCGCAAGUAGAGCUUGAAAACAGCCUACGAUUCCACAGAUACACUCCUUCCACAGAGGAACGGAGUCCGCUGCACAGCAGCCACGACUCCUUCAGCUCUGUACAGACCGACAGCAGCACUCCAGACUUGACUCCAAGCAGCUCGUUCUCCUCUCAUUCUUCCGACUACCCAGACGUGGUCUUGGGUGCCACUGAGCAAUUGCACAAGCACGUCCAGGCUGCUCAACCAGAGCCUCGACGUCGCUUCUACCUGCCAGCAUCAACUCCUCCAACAUACUCACUCCCUCCGCCGCCUCCACCACCAGUGGCUCCCUUGAUCGCCCCGGAGACUCGCCCUACCACUCCUUGCUAUCAACACUCCAACGACUCCACCACUACGAUCACCAUGGGCUACGAGGACGCCACGGGGUCGGUCUCAUCCCGCUCCCGCCGCAGGAAGCAGCCUCCCAGUCUCAACCUCUCUCGUGGGACCAGUGCCCACAGCCACCGCCGCAAGCAGUCCGGCCCUGGCUCUCGCCCUACACUGGACCCUUCCAUGAUCUCUCCCCCAUGUCUCAUCAACCCCGUCACCAAAGAACCUCACAUGACCCACUUUGACCAAGCUCUCUUCAUUCCUGCCAACGACUGUCCUAGUCCAGUACCUAGCCCGGUGGCUAGCUCUCCACCUAUCUCUCGCCAAUGGACCGCCACGUCCAUGGAGCGACCCUCCACAUCUACCUUUGAUGCGCACUGCGAGCAAUCAGUCUGGGAGUCCGACUCCGAGUCUGAAUCCGUGGGCCGCAAGUCCAUGUCUCGCAAGCCUAUCGACACCCUGCGCAAGGUGCGCAGCCGUGCGAAGCUCCGUGGUGCCAAAUCCCAGCCUCGCCUGUUCCAUGGUGGAAUGGACGAGCAUCCUACUGAAAGAUUCCCUUGCAUGCCUGACGACAUCCUCGGAGAGCCCAUCUCCGAGAUCUAUCGUCCCAGCAUGGAUCGUCCUAGCACAAGCCGUCCCAGCACGAGUCGAGACGGGCCCCGCGUGCACAAUGGAUUACAAACCCUUCGUCUCGUCGCUCCUUCCACUACAUCUCUCGCUCGAGGUCGAUCGCGCAAGAACAGCAGCAUCAACAGCUCGGACGUUGACCGCUCAGCCGCUGCUGCCUGGCAAGCUCAGUACCGUCGGCGCCAACGCUCUGACACCCCCGAAUAUCCCAGCUCCGGUUCCGAAAAGAGCGACAAGGAGAAGUUGACAUCGAUGUGUUAUGAGCAACACCCCCAAGUCCCCUUCCAAGACUUCCGGGAACAACGCCCCCUCUUGCAACGAUUCAUGGAUUCCCUUCGAUCCUUGAACUGUCAGAAGCCUCCCAAGUCUCACAAGAAGACUAAUGUUACCACCAUCUAA